AAACCAUCUUAACAUUCCAUCGAUUUGAAUCCGUACAACUCAGGUUCCCUGUCUUCCUUCCAACCACAACCAAUACCAGAUACCUGCCAGAUCAAACCCAGUCGAUCCAACGAUUGGCUCAUCAAACAACAUCUACAACUUCCCUUAAUAACAACAUCAACAUGCCCGUCCGCGUUCCCAGACUUCCUGCUGCCAAGCCCUCAGAGAUCUUCUGCAUGGGUGCGGCCGGUGUUGGCGUUUUGACACCUUUGUACCUCGUCAUGCCUGGCGCUGAGGAACGCCUUUCCAACCAAACCAACAAGUGGGCUCCCCGAUGGGAGAGGAACGUCAGCUACUUCAUCCCUCCUAUGGAGAAGGGUGUCCAGAGAAUCGAGCCCCCAGUGGCCAAGAUGGUCCAACGCGUUGAGGAUCGCCUUCCCCUCGAGAGGAUGGCAAAGUCCGUUGAUAAGGGUAUCCGAAGCGGCAUCGCCCGAUUCAAUGGCGAGAACAAACCUUAAGAACAUAUUUCUCCUGUCUAGUCCGUCAUGUCUGUGGCCUUGCCAGCAAAUCAUUGUCAGGCAGGCGUCUUUCCUUUGUAAAUUAUCAUAGCAUACCCUGGGUACGGAUAGAUGACUAUUGUUCGCAUCGGCCCAUAUACGAAUGGAAUGAAUUUCUAUCUCU